ACUUUCGUAAAUAAUUCAACAUGAAUACCGAUUUGAAAGCCUUGGAAUUGUUGUUCCAACGUCCUUUGGAGCCAGUGUUCACCACCCGUGAUCAGGGCAAGACCGUGUUCGAUCUUCCCGAGAGUUUCUAUACCGAUGAGUAUAGCAACAACACCGUGGAGGUUGGCAAUCGAUUCUCCCAGAAUGUCGAUACAAGGAUUCCACUGCGGGAGCUGUCCAAAAAGCCAAAUCUGGACUUUACCAAGAAGCUGGGCAAGAAGGCUCAGUUCUCACUGUUCAACUCCCUGCACAGGGAGAUCGCCAGCCAGCUGAUCCAAUUGUAUAUGGAUGCACCCAAUUUGCAGCAAUUCGUUUCACUGUGUGCCUACACCAAGGAUCGCCUCAAUCCGGUGCUCUUCCAAUAUAGCUAUGCCGUGGCCAUUGCCCAUCGUCCGGACACGCGUACUGUGCCCAUUCCGAACAUCUCGCAGGUCUUUCCGGGCAACUUUGUUGAGCCGUCCGUGUUCCAGGAUGCUCGCCAGCAGGCUAACGUGAUUGAGAAGAGCGGCAAUCGUGCUCCUCUGGAGAUUCCCGUGAACUACACGGCCUCCGAUCGUGAGGAUGAACAGCGUUUGGCCUAUUUCCGUGAGGAUAUUGGUGUCAAUAGCCAUCAUUGGCAUUGGCAUUUGGUCUAUCCGGCUAGUGGACCUCGCGAGGUGGUCAACAAGGAUCGUCGUGGCGAACUCUUCUACUACAUGCAUCAUCAGAUUCUCGCACGCUACAAUGUCGAGCGUUUCUGCAAUAAUCUGAAGCGUGUGCUGCCCCUCAACAAUUUGCGUGAUGCCGUUCCCGAGGGAUAUUUCCCCAAGAUCCUGUCCAGUGUCAACAAUCGCACGUACCCGGCACGUGUCUCCAAUCAGCUGCUCCGCGAUGUGGAUCGUCCCGAUGGCUCCAUUGAGAUCUCCGAAGUCGAGCGCUGGCGCGAUCGUGUCCUUGCCGCCAUCGAUCAGGGAUUCGUUGAAAAUACUGAAGGCAAACGCAUUCCCCUGGACGAUAAGACUGGCAUUGAUACCCUGGGCAACCUGAUUGAGGCAGCUCCAGCUCUCUCUGUGAACAGUCAGUUCUACGGCAACUUGCAUAACCAGGGACACAACAUCAUCUCGUUUGCCCACGAUCCCGAUGCACGGCACUUGGAGGACUUUGGCGUUAUGGGGGAUGUGACGACGGCAAUGCGUGAUCCGAUCUUCUACAGAUGGCACGGCUUCAUCGAUAGCGUCUUCAACAAGCACAAGUCCUUGUUGCCGCCCUACAACAACAACGAGCUGAACUUCAAUGGUGUUAAUGUGACCUAUGUGGAGGCCAAGUUGGGAGCACCCGGAGCACGUCCCAAUACACUGUUGACCUAUUGGCAAAAGUCGUCUGCCAAUUUGGCAGCUGGCCUGGACUUUGGACCUGUGCAGGAUGAUGAUAUUGCUGCAUCGUUUAGACAUUUGCAGAAUGCACCCUGGACCUAUACCUUCAAUGUGACAAAUGCGGGAGCCAAACGCACUGGAACCUGCCGCGUCUUCAUCUGUCCCAAGACCGAUGAGCGCAACCAGCCACUGCGAUUGGAGGAACAACGUCUGAUGGCCAUUGAAAUGGACAAGUUUACGGUUGAGUUGAUGCCAGGUGAGAACACUGUGCGUCGUCAGUCGACAGACUCCUCGGUGGCAAUUCCCUUCGAGCGAUCCUUCCGCGCCGUUGGUGCCAACUAUCAACCCACGGCAGCUGACGAAUUGGCACGUUUCCGUUUCUGCGGCUGCGGUUGGCCACAGCAUCUGCUUCUGCCCAAGGGCAAACCCGAGGGCAUGGUAUUUGAUUUGUUUGUCAUGAUUUCGGACUACAGCAACGACUCGGUGCAGCAGCUAACAAACACACCAAAUGACGCCUGCAGCACGGCAUAUUCAUUCUGUGGUCUCAAGGACAAACUGUAUCCCGAUAGACGCACCAUGGGAUUCCCAUUCGACAGGCGUCUGCCCAACGAUAAUCUCAAUGAUUUGGUUGGCGCCUUCAGCAACAUGGCUAAAACUGAUUUGAUGAUCAAGUUCAAUGAUAAGACUGUCGGCUAAACGAACUGCAAAACCAACUGAGAAUCACAACUAUUGACCCAACGCACAACCCAAAACUUAUACACAUAUCUAUAUACUUAGAAUUAUGCUUAUACUUUUCAUAUAAUUUUUGCAUUAAUAAAAACCGUAGCUUCUUGUUACAAUUUGCUCGACAAA